GCCUUUCGUUCGCCGUAUCGCUUUCCGUCCUCUGCUGAAAGUCCUUUACUCUCAUCUACUAGUGCAGCUUGCGGAUUGUUGUGGUGUCGAGCGGUAAUGGCGCGCGAACGCGAGCCUGUCGGUAGCGUCACGGUGUCGAGGGCACUACUAUACAGCCCGCCGGCGAGUUACAACUACUCUCUCGUUCGUCGGCCUUGAAUAAAUGAAGAGCCUUCGGUUCCGAGUCUUUUGGUUGGCUCCGUGCUGUGUGCAGGUUCGCCUCAUUUGGAUACACUCGGUCUAUCCCCGGUUUCUGGGUACCUGGCUAUUCUAUAAUAUUUGCCUAUCGAGCUACACCGUGACUAGCAAGAAGCGGUACGCAAAGUGUGCUCGGAUGCAAGACUAUAGCUCGUUUAAACUGUUCAGCCGACGAAGAUUCUAUCGCUAUUCUGGACUACACUUUCAGCCUGAGAAGAGCGACAUGGAGAAUCGUAGUGACCGUGGUCUCCGUCGCUUGCGCGAGUUGGGAUCCCAGUUCGUGGGCGGUGCCGAUGAGCCACUUGAAGGUGUCUGGGGAAGCCGUGGGCAGUCUGCUCGCCCACCGCGUUUGUGGAUCGUUGGAGCUCGAGCUAUCCUUAGUCGAACAUGCUGUUGACAUCCUUUUUUGAGCGUCGCACGUUGUACAUGCGGAUGCAGACCACGAUCAUGACGACCAACAGGAAACCGAUGAGGACACCGAUAAUCAGUGCUGCGGUUCUCAGCGGGUGGCCGCUAAAAAAUGAGGUGGGCCGCUCAGUCGGGAAUGAUGUGUCCGCGGU